AUGCCAAUGAAGUUAGAAGGAAGCUGCCAAUGCGGCGGUGUCGAGUUUACGCUCGACUCCCAUACGCCGGUCCCAUAUCAACUUUGUGCAUGCAGCAUUUGCCGCAAAGUGGGCGGGUACAUGGGCAGCAUCAACUUAGGAGGGGUCAAUGAAUCAUUGAAUAUUAUCAAGGGAAAGGACCUGAUAAAGAAAUACAACGCGAUAAAGGACCGGGGAAAGCCAACUGAAGAGAAGUGUAGCUCUGAACGCAACUUCUGCUCGAACUGCAGCACCAUGUUAUGGCUGUGGGAUAAGCACUGGCCUGAGCUCAUUCAUCCAUUUGCAUCCGCGAUUGACACUGAGCUUCCUGAGCCAGAUGAGUUGAUUUGCAUACUUGCGGACUCGAAGCCGAAGUGGGCUCGGUGGCCAGAGGGGAAGAUAUCGGUCCACAAGGGUUAUGCAGAUAGCAUUGAAGAAUGGCAUAAGAAGCAUGGAAAGUAUGUUGAGUAG